CUCUCUUUGCUUCAAUAGCUCUCUCUCUCUCUCUCUCUCUCUUUCUCUCAAUAAACUAUCUAGAAGAAUGUUACCGCCAACCUAUAGCAAGCUGGGGAAAGACAACCUAAUAGUGUUCCUCAGGUUUCUCAUAGCCAUGUUCUUCAGCUGCAUUAUUAAUGGAAACAACCUUUGUUCCAACCAACCUUUUGUCUCCUCAACAGACUCAAAUAUCCCUUUAUCACUGAGAGCAUUAAGGCUUGAUGGAUAUUUAAGCUCCGGGAACACAGAGGCUGCAGCCAAGGACUUUGGCAACAUGCACCAUCACCUACCAUCAGCAGUUCUGCAUCCCAAAUCCGUUUCUGAUAUUUCCUCCACCAUCAAGCAUAUUUUCGAGAUGGGCACUGAGUCGGAGCUCACAGUGGCUGCCAAAGGCCAUGGCCAUUCCCUACAAGGUCAAGCACAAGCCUGUCGAGGGAUUGUCAUCAACAUGGAAUCACUUCAGGGAGCAGAAAUGCAUUUCUACAAUGGGGAGCAGCCCUACGUGGAUGUUUCUGCUGGAGAACUAUGGAUUAAUAUCCUGCAUGAGAGUCUUAAACAUGGGCUUGCACCAAAGUCUUGGACAGACUACCUUCAUCUCACUGUGGGGGGAACCUUGUCAAAUGCUGGAAUCAGCGGACAGACAUUUCGACAUGGGCCCCAGAUAAAUAAUGUCUAUCAGCUGGAGGUUGUCACAGGGAAGGGAGAGGUGGUAAGCUGUUCAGAUACACAGAAUGCUGACCUCUUUUAUGCUGUUCUUGGAGGACUGGGACAGUUCGGAAUCAUCACCCGGGCCAGAAUUUCUCUAGAACCAGCACCCAGAAUGGUAAAAUGGAUUAGAAUGCUGUAUUCAGAUUUUUCCAUCUUCACAAAAGACCAAGAGUAUCUAAUAUCAUCCGAAGAUGCUUUUGAUUAUGUGGAAGGAUUUGUCAUAAUCAACAGAACAGGUAUCCUGAAUAACUGGAGAUCUUCCUUCAAUCCCAACAGCCCUCUUCAAGCAAGCAAGUUCAAAUCCGACGGGAAAACUCUGUUCUGCCUGGAAAUAGCCAAAUAUUUCAACCUGGAUGACACUGACACGGUGAAGCAGAAAGUGGAUGUACUUUUGUCCAAGUUGAGUUACAUUCGGUCCACACUCUUCCUUUCAGAUGUCUCCUAUAUCGACUUCCUGGAUAGAGUGCACAUUUCAGAGUUGAAACUCCGGGAAAAGGGAUUGUGGGAAGUCCCUCACCCAUGGUUGAACCUUCUCGUUCCUAAAAGCAGAAUUCAAGACUUUGCUGAAGUAGUUUUUGGAAAUGUUCUAACAGACUCCAUCAAUGGUCCUAUACUUAUCUAUCCAGUCAACAAAACCAAGUGGAACGACAGAACAUCUAUGGUUACCCCAGAGGAAGACGUCUUCUACCUAGUGGCUUUUCUAUCCUCUGCAAUGCCCUCCUCAACAGGAACAGAUAGCUUAGCUCACAUGUUAACCCAGAACCAAAGAAUCCUAGAAUUUUGCAGAACGGCUGCUCUUGGAGUGAAGCAAUAUCUUCCCUACUAUAGCUCCCAGGAGGCUUGGCAAACUCACUUUGGCCCUCAAUGGAGUGCUUUCAUUCAAAGGAAAUCCACCUAUGACCCAUUAGCAAUCCUAGCUCCUGGACAGCAAAUCUUUCAAAAAGGAAUAGCAUUUUCUUGAAUGGCAGCAUGGCACGCUUCAAAAACCAUAAAGAGCACUUAAUGCACGUAAACAAAAGGCACAGUGCUUGAAAAUAAACUGUAAAUAAUCCUUUUUCCUCAGGAAAAGAAAAGCUAUCUAUUGAAUAUAUAAUGUUUGUACU